ACUUGCAACAAUACGUCAUUCCAUGAUGGCUGAAGAUCCUGGCGGAACAUUUUUCAAUUUCUCUAUAAUUUUUCUUUCUUUCUCUCUACCUCAGCUUGCCAUAGAGACAUGGCAGGACUCGCAUUCCCGUUAAGCGUUCGCAGAUCAUUGGUGUCGACAUGCCCAAGAAAGGGAACCGAAAACGGCUGAAAUUUAGGGCCGGGGACGUUUGUUCGGAAUCAGUGACCGUUGCUGAUUAUGCUGAUGCCGACCCAGCCGUUGUGAAGUCGGGGAGAGUGAAAAAGGCUGUUGCAAAUGCAGUUGCAAAAGAAGUAAAAUUACUCUGCGGCCUGGAAGCAUCUCAGGGUGCUGUAGAGGAAGUCCUCUCUUCUGCAGUUAGUGUCAAAACAGAUCCUUUGGACAGCAGUGAUGACCUGGACCCCGAAGAAGAUGGAGAAAAUGAAACUAAAGCAGCCCGCAAGAAGAAAACUAAGAGGAGAAAGGAGAGCAGUGAGAGCAUUGAUGGGGAGGAGUAUCCAGUGGAUAUUUGGUUAGUGCUCUCCUCCUAUAUUCGGCCUGAGGAUGUGUGCAAAUUCGCUCUAAUCUGUAGGAAUGCCUGGACAGUCACAUGCACUGCAGCUUUUUGGACCAGGCUGUACAGAAGACACUACAGGAUUGAUGCUGAUCUGCCGUUUCGUCUCCAGCCUGACUCCAUUCACAUGAUGCACUGUCUACGGGCCCGCGUCAUUCGCUCCCUUUUCCAUUUGUAUGAGCCCUUCAGCUCACGUGUCUCCAAAAUCCCUGCCCUGCCAGAAUCCACGCCCACAACCUUGCUCAAUUCCAAGUGUUUACUGUUCUGGGUCAAAAGGGUGUCAGGAACUCGACCAGAGGCAUUGUGGGAGUUCAACUUCAAGUUUAUAAAGCAGCACGGGCACAGUAAGAAUGGUUGUGCCAAGUCCCUGCUCUUGCCCAGACAAUACGAAGAUGUCCACACAAACCCGGAUUCUGACUGCUAUGUGCUUCAGGUCACCACACUCAACUUCAUCUUCACUCCUGUGGUCAUGGGCAUGACACUGACCCUGUUCACAAUCAAUGUCAGCACAGACAUGCGCCACCACCGUGUUCGUCUGGUGUUCCAUGACUCACCACUCCAGCGGGGGAAGAAGAGGGGGGAUCAGGGCGGGACCCAGGUGGUUUUGGAUCCUGUACACAGUGUGAGGCUCAUGGACUGGUGGCAUCCACAGUACCCCUAUGUACCCUCCACAUAGGAGUCUUGUCCCCUCGGUUCCUGCUGCAGCAGACCGUCACUUCCUGCUGACCCCGGCUGUUAAUUUCAUUCCUCUCACCAAACAGAAGAAUUAUAUUGAUAGUGUUAUUAAGUUCUUCCUGCACUUGAAUCGGAUGUAAAUUGUGAACUGCAGACUUGUCCUAUAUGAGCAUUAUUCCUAGGGACACUGUGCUUAUUAUGUUUAUACAAGUCACCAUAGUGACAUUGGUAGUUGAUUGAUACAUUGCCCAACCCUACACACAUUGCAGAGAGGAAUGUGUAUUUGGAACCACAGGUUCAAACAUAGUUGCAUGUUGAACCUACAUGUGUGACACAUUUUAAAGAAGAGUUUUUAAAACUCCGUCGAACAUUUGUACUGCCUCACCAUAGUCUCCUUUAUGUUCACUUGAAAGUUACUCUAAAAUAUCUUGAUUUUGCAUUGGUUUGAAUUUUGACAAUGUUGUACCAACCUAGUGGUAUUACUCUUUUAAAACCAUAUUUUUUUUCUGGAUGUAUUUCAUUUUCAUGGCAGCCUCACUUAGUAUUAUGUGAAUAUUAAUGACACUGCUCUACACUGAAGGGGCCAAAGAGAUGAUUUACUUCAGACGUCAUUCAAUCAUCUGCUGAUUUGAGCAGUGUUUCUUGUUUUUUUUUUUUUUUUUUUUUUUUUGUGUUUCAUGGCUAAAAACAUCUUGAUUGUCUCCUGCUGAUUAUGUUUAGCCAUGACCCCCGCUGCCAUCUCUGGAAUCUCAGUCUCAGCUUUGAAUGGCUCAAAGCGUUUAAAGUGGUCUGUCCUGUGCGUAUUGAAUGUUAGUAGAAUCUUACCAAUCACAUGCUUGAUUGAGUGCUAUGGAGGGAAAGAGAGUUACAAUUGACAUUGAUUUAUCCAUUCAUCAGACACAGGUAAAAUCGUUUAACAUGGAUUGAUUUGCACAUAUACAUAUAUUGUGAAGGGAAAAAAAAAACAUUAGAUCAGCCACCUAAAGUUUACACUUCUAUAAAUAAAAGAUAGUUGAUUGCAGGAUUCCAUAACAGAAGACAGUUGGAUGUUUUGGUUACCAGCAGUUGAUUGUAUUAGUGGGAGGUCUAGUUUUAUCAGAUGAGAGUUCCACUGAUAGACAAACUUGCUGCAC